GUCAUUAGCGCCGACGUCCAGCGUCAUCAGUUUACCGGACUCUACCGGCAUUACGUUCAUUCAUUAGGAAGUAGGUAUAGUCCCAGUGGACAAGUCGGUGACCGUAAGCAAUAACUAGUAUACAUGGCGGGCUACCUUAAAUCUCUGACUACCGUGUCGAGGAAUGCAGCUGCAGUGCUGUUGCAAAACCCCGCAGUGGUCUCACCGGCUGCCGUCUGCCAACACAGACUGCAACAGAGGAGCUAUGCAACAAAACGUAUCAAAGUGGACCAGCCGGUGGUGGAAAUGGAUGGUGAUGAGAUGACUCGCAUCAUAUGGGAGUUUAUUAAAGAGAAGCUCAUCUUGCCCAACGUGGAUGUUGAACUCAAGUAUUUUGACCUGGGUUUGCCCUACCGAGACCAGACGAAUGACCAGGUCACCAUUGACUCUGCUUUGGCAACUAUGAAACACCACGUGGCUGUCAAGUGUGCCACCAUCACCCCUGAUGAGGCCAGAGUUGAGGAGUUUAAACUAAAGAAGAUGUGGAAGAGUCCCAAUGGAACCAUUAGGAACAUCUUAGGCGGCACAGUUUUCCGUGAGCCAAUCCUUUGCAAAAACAUUCCCCGUCUUGUUCCUGGAUGGACACAGGCCAUAACAAUUGGCAGGCAUGCUUUUGGAGAUCAGUACAGGGCCACAGACUUUGUCAUUAACCAGCCAGGCAAGUUUAAGAUUGUGUUUACCCCGGCUGAUGGAAGCAAGGAGCAGGAGUGGGAGGUGUAUGACUUUCCAGCAGGGGGCUGUGGGCUGGGAAUGUACAACACUGAUGAGUCCAUCAGUGGAUUUGCUCACAGCUGCUUCCAGUAUGCCAUCCAGAAGAGGUGGCCCCUAUACAUGAGCACCAAAAACACCAUCCUCAAGGCCUACGAUGGCCGGUUCAAAGACAUCUUCCAGGACAUCUUUGAGAAAAACUACAAGCCACAGUUCGACAAGCUGAAGAUCUGGUAUGAGCACCGUCUCAUUGACGACAUGGUGGCCCAGGUCCUGAAGUCCUCUGGAGGAUUUGUUUGGGCCUGCAAGAAUUACGAUGGAGACGUGCAGUCAGACAUUCUGGCGCAGGGUUUUGGCUCUCUGGGUCUCAUGACAUCAGUGCUCGUGUGUCCUGACGGCAAGACUAUCGAGGCUGAGGCCGCCCAUGGCACGGUCACCAGGCACUACCGUGAACACCAGAGAGGAAACCCAACCAGUACCAACCCCAUUGCGAGUAUAUUUGCUUGGACCAGGGGAUUGGAACACAGAGGCAAACUGGAUGGGAAUCCCGAUUUGAUAAAGUUCUGCCAGACUUUAGAAAAAGUCUGUGUGGAAACAGUGGAAAAUGGUAUAAUGACCAAGGAUCUUGCAGGCUGCAUCCAUGGCUUGGCUAACUGCAAGGUAAAUGAACAUUAUGUCAACACGACAGACUUCCUUGAUGCCAUCAAGACCAACCUCGAUAAAGCUCUGGGAAAGUGAAAAGUUGUCAGAAGACAAUAAGAAGAUUCUUGUUAACAUAGUGGGAAAAAAAGCAGUUUGUUUUUUUGUUUUUUUUUUGUUUUUUUAUAUAUAUAUCAUGUUUACCUUCUGUUUGUAUGAAUAUUUGUAUCCAGUUUGAAGCUGUUCACAAUUUGUGCCUUUUUUAAAAAUUUGUAUAUUUUUCUUUUCCACUGACUUUCCUAUUGCCACAUUUGUAUUGCACAAAUUAGUGAACUGUAUGAAUAAUUAUUACUACAAAUAUUAAUUUAUUAUGGAUGUUUUAAAGACAUUUCAGGCUUUCUCAUUAAAUUAGAACAUAUCUUCAGGGAACAGCAAAAUUAGGAUAUAAUUAUGUUAAUGUCAUAUUUUGCUCUAUCAGCAGGAAUAUAAAAAGAAAUAGUAAUCAUUUAAUAACUGUGUGUACAUCAUUGCCUUUUUCUGGGUAGCGCUAUUAUCCUGGGACAGAAAAAACACUUCUCAGGACAGACUCUACAGAAUAAUUUAAGGGAAAGCUACCACAUGCAUGUCUAUUUCACAUUUUAAUUUCAUGCACUUGCUCAUAUGAGCUCCUGUCCAGCUGUGCAUUCAUGCAGAGCUGGAUGCUCAUUUUGUAGCCAUCAUAUGCGCCCUGCAGUGCAUGAUGCUGAGUAGUGUUUGUACCGGCAGGGGGCCAAGCCUGAUGGGAGCUCUGUCAA